AUGAUAUUAAAUGGGAAAGCAAAACUUAUAAGUUUUUUAUUCUUAGCAGGAGGAGGAACGUAUUACAUAUAUAAAUAUAAAAAGAAUGAAAUAAAACAAUUUUUGAAUAGAUUAUUUGUUAAUAAGAAGAAGAAAAAAAAGAAAAGUAUAAAUAAAGGGAAACGAAAAGGAAAUAAAUUAUAUAAUAAUAAUAAUGAUAUAAAUGACAUUAAUAAAUAUAGUGAUAGUAGUGAAAUUGGUUCUUCUCCUUCUUUUUGUUCCUCUGGUGUGGAUGAAGAAAAUAAAAAUUUAUUAGAUGAAAUUAUGAAAUUACAUGAGAGUAGUAUAUCUUAUUUAAGUUCAGACAAUGAUGUGAACAGCAAUACAGAAUAUGAGAAAAUAAAAAAUGAACCAAUAAAUAAAAACAUAGACAUAUUUAAUAAUGAUAAUAAUUUUAGUAGCGCAGAGGAUAGUAUAUCAGAUGUUGAAGAUAUUAAUAAUUUGAAUGAAAGAACAAAUUACAAAUUUGUGCAAAUGAAAAAUAAAAAAAAUAUUAUAAGUAAAAAAAUUUUAAAUAAUCCAAAUGAUAUAAAUAAUUCAAAUUAUUCGAAUGAUAUAAAUAAUUCAAAUUAUCCAAAUAAUUAUGUGCAUGAUAAAAAAAACAAAACAAAAAAAUUCGAUGAUAGUACUACAGAUAAUAACAUGGACCCAUUUAGUAAUAACAAUAUUAUUAUACUACCAGAAAAUUAUAAAAUAUAUUUUAAAUCUUUUGGAUGUGCUCAUAAUAGUUCAGAUUCUGAAUUUAUGAUGGGGUUGCUUGCUAACUAUGGUUUUAAGUUUGUAAAAAAAAUCGAGGAAUGUGACAUAUGUAUUGUUAAUAGUUGUACUGUUAAAAAUCCUAGCGAAGAAAGUAUGAAGACUAUUAUUAAUUAUGUAAAAAAAUUAAAUAACCAUAGUAACAAGAAAAAAACAAAAAAAAAACAAAAAAAUUUUAAUGGAGAAUAUGACUUGGAAUGCUUAUCAACAUCUUCCUCUGGUUUUUCUGAUAUAGAAAAUGAAUAUUGUUAUGAAAAAGGAUAUCAAAACGAAUCACCUGAAUAUUUUACUAGUAAAAAAAUUAGUACCCCUCAUCAUAAUGAUAAUAAAAAGCAUCCAUGUGACGAUCCUAUUUAUAGUAAUAAUACUUGUUGUGCGGAAGAUAACAAUCGAUUUAAAAAUAAUAAGAGUGGUGUUUUGAAAGAGGCAAAAUGUUGCUCAUCCGAUGUGGGAAAAGGGCAGUGUGAAUGUGAAGAACAAAAAAUGAAAAAACAAGAAAAAGUGAAAGAAGAACAAGAAAAAGUGAAAGAAGAACAAGAAAAAGUGAAAGAACAAAUGAAAGAACAAGAUGGUGAGAAUUCCAAUUUUAAAGAUAUGAAUCCAAAUAACAAUCUUCAUACAAAUAAUAACAUCUUGGAAAAUAGAACAUCCGAAAAAAAUAAAAAGAAAAAGAUACAUGUAGAAGGAAAGAAUAUAAAAAUUAUUGUAUGUGGGUGCGUACCACAAGCAGAAAAAGAUAUGGAGAUAUUUGAAAAUGUAUCACUUGUCGGAGUAAAUAAUAUUGACAAAAUUGUAGAUGUAGUAGAAAAUGUUAUAAAUGGUUAUAAUGUACAAUAUUUGAAGACAUCUAAAAAAAUGACUUCAUUAAAUUUACCAAAAAUUAGAAAAAAUAAAUAUAUAGAAAUUAUAAAUAUUAAUAAUGGUUGCUUAGGUAAUUGCACAUAUUGUAAAACAAAAUUUGCUAGAGGAGAUUUAUCAAGUUAUAAUAUAAGAGAUAUAACCGAUAGAAUUACAUAUGUAUGUAAUGAAGAAAAUAUAAAGGAAAUAUGGUUAACAUCUGAAGAUACAGGUGCUUAUGGUAUAGAUAUAAAUACUGAUAUAGUAAAUUUAUUAAAAAAUAUAUUAAAAAGUGUUGAACAUACAAAUGUAAUGAUACGUUUGGGUAUGACGAACCCACCAUAUAUAUUAAAACAUAUAAAAGAUAUAUGUACAUUAUUAAAACAUAAGAAUAUGUAUGAAUUUAUACAUAUACCCGUACAAAGCGGAAGUAAUAAUGUAUUAAAAAAUAUGAAUAGAGAAUAUACAAUAGAAGAUUUUAUUUUUCUUGUAGAAAACUUAAGAAAAUAUGUACCAAAUAUUACAAUUUCUACAGAUAUUAUAUGUGGAUUCCCAUAUGAAUCCGAACAAGAUCAUCAAAAUACUGUACAUUUAAUUAAAAAUUUCCAAUUUCCAAUUUUAAAUAUAUCCCAAUUUUAUCCAAGAAGAGGUACUGUAGCAUAUAAUAUGAAAAAAAUUAAUACAAAAAUUGUAAAAAAAAGAUCAAGAGAUGUUACCGAAGCAUUCUUAUCAUAUGAACAUAAUUAUAAGUUCCUUCAAAAUACUAUACAACAAGUUCUAUUCACAGAAAUUUCAUCCAAGAGUGAGCAUAUCAUAGGUCACACAAAGCAAUAUGUUAAAGUAUUAUUACCGAAUGAAAAUAAUAAAAAUAUAGAACUUUUAGGGAAUUUCGCAACAUGUAAAAUUUUAUCUACACAUAAAUGGCAUGUAGUUGCUGAGUUAAACAAAUAA